AUGACACUAGUGAAGUUCAUUAUGGUGGAGGUGAAGAAUGAGAAGAUUGAUGAGGAUGAUAAGACAAUAGAGGACAAAAAAAGGGGGGCACUCAAAAAGAGGCAGAGGAUUGUGGAUUCGCCAUUUUCACCUUCUGAAGAGCCAUUGGUGCCUUACAAUGAUGAUGAAAAUGAUGAAAGGAGGGCACUGAGUCACAUCGGUGGUGGAGAAGAAGAUGGUCACAGAUUUGAAAUUAAAGAAGAUGAUGAUGACGAUGAUCCAUGUGGGCAAAGGUCAGUUCUAGAAGAAACAAAUCGCCAGGUUAAAGUGCUGGAUUUUGAUUUUGAGAAGUCUUGUUCGGUCUCUUUGUCAAAUUUGAAUGUGCAUGUGCGUCUAGUCUGUGGGAAGUAUUACCAAGGAAGAGGGAAGAAGUUUCGUGCUUACACUCAUAGUCUAGAAGCAGGACAUCAUGUCCACAUCAAUCUUCGAACAGAGAAGGUGUAUUGUUUCUCUGAUGGGUAUGAAAUUAAUGACCCAUCAUUAGAUGAUGUACGCCAUGUUCUUAACACAAGGUUUUCUAGACAACAAUUUGAACAAUUUGACAAGACCAAGCAAUGGUCUAGAGCACUUGAUGGUUCAGAUUACCUUCCAGGAAUGUUUCCGACAGUCUUUCCUACCAUGUACGAAAAGGAUGAAGUAUCAACUAUAGUGACAGACCUAAGGUCUCACACUUAUAAAGUUGGUUUUGCUAACGAAGAUGUUUCCAAAGCUGUGUUUCCUUCUGUUGUGGGAUUUCCUCCAUCUCUUGAUCCGUCAUUCAGCAUCAAAUUCUAUGAUCGAACUCCAGAACAACAAGCAUCUUUGGGCUAUCUUGUCCUCAUCAGAGUUGAAUGA